GUUUAUGUAUGUAGUAACAGACAGACUAGUGCACUUGCACUAAAAAAUGUUGAUUUCACAAAAUGGUAAUAGAACUUGUGUCUACUGUGCAUUGUGACGCAGAACCUAACCAAUACACCUAUUUGCAUCUCCUAUUUCUUUUGGCCAUGACACGAUCGAAUAUUUGUUAUCAACAUCUGAGGUGUAAAGAUAGGCUCUUCACUGUCGCACGCAAAAGAUGAUAAUAUAGGUUCUAAUCCCGUACGGUGAGGUUCAUUUCCUCUAGUCGAUCAUUCUGCUGGGACAAUGCAUCUCUUUCAGCCCAGGAAAGCUGUCACAGAUUGGUUCAAAUCUGUACGCUCUUUAAUGGGCUAAAUUGUUUCCAUGGGGUCGUCCAGAUAAGCAAAUCACAAUAAAUUUUAAAAAACAAAAAACGAAGCAAAACAAAACGAAACAAAACAAAAAAAAUCAAAUAAUUAUCUAUUUUCCCAAUACGUUGAAUUAUGAUUUUUUUAAAGUCUCCAUAGGAUGCGUCUCUUUCUUUGUCUUUUGAUGUUCUUUCUCGUCUGAUGCGCAAAUUUCACACCCCGUUUAUUAUUCAGAGCAAUCAUCGAAACAGCUAAAAUUAGAAACAUCUUUAUAACAUCUAAACGAAUGUGAUUUCAGCCAACACUAUAGCCUAUUGACAGGCCAAUAAUUGUGUAACAGAAAUUGACAAUCGCUCUCAAAGUGUGAGACUUGCGCGAUUCAUAGUCUUCUUAAAGAUAGUUUAUCGCCCGCGGCUAUUGAUGACUAUUCCAUCACUCCCACCGGGAAAAUUCAAGUUAUCGCUCUCUCAGGGCCAAAUCCAGACUUUCAUUACGUUGAUUGAGGUACAUACGAUGUCUCACUUUCAACUUGAACGAUAUCGUCUCUCGGCGCAUAAUCUUCUGCCUCUCCGACAAUCAGUAUUAUUGGCAUGCGUUAAUAUUUAAACUGCGUUCACAGUACCCUGGUUUGGACAACUUCGCUGACAGGCUCAGGGAACGCGAUGUGUUAUGAAUGACAUUAAUGCUGUUUGAAUGCUGUUUGCUUCUCUUUUGACGGCCUCAAGAGACUCUUUCUACCUUUACCGUUGGCUUACAUUCUCUUGGUUAGUGUAGUAAGAUUGAAGGACUGUAAUCAUAACAGAAGAACACUGAGCCUCAGUACACGACGGUGACCACUCUGUAUGGAGCUGUGAGGGGUGUGCGUCAACAAAUCUCCCCAGGGAAAGCCCUCGACAUUUUUCUGGGAAUUCCCUACGCUAAGCCACCUGUUGGUCAGCUCCGGUUCGCCAGACCCCAGUUUCCUGCGCCCUGGAAGGACACGAGGGAUGCCCUUAAGUUUGGUGCUCAGUGCGCCCAGCGACCACUGACCAGUUCCCCUCAGGCUGACCUGCCGUACAGUGAGGACUGCCUCUACCUCAACAUCUAUGCGCCCAGGUUCAACACGUCCACUGUCAAACUGCCCGUUCUUUUUUGGAUCCAUGGGGGCGGAUAUUUUGGGGGCACGGGUGCCCUCUAUAACGGAACAGAGCUAGCCCUGAGGGGCGUCAUAGUAGUGACAAUCAACUACAGGCUUGACCUAUUCGGGUUCCUGUCCACUGCCGACUCUGUCAUCCCAGGGAACUUUGGUAUGCUGGAUCAGGUGCUGGCUAUGGAGUGGGUCCGAGACAACAUCGCAGCUUUCGGCGGUGACCCCAAUGACGUCACCCUGGCCGGCGAGAGCGCAGGAGCGAGCAGUGUAUCCCUGCACCUGUUGUCUCCCCUGUCUAGGGGAAAGUUCCACAAGGCUAUCAUGGAAAGCGGGGUGUCCCUGUGUCCGUGGGCCUGGAACCACUCGAAUGUGACGUAUUACGCACCUAAACCCAUGGCGAACACUCUAGGACUCGGGGUUGGCUGUUCUCAUGAGGACUCCCACGAACUCCUGUCAUGCCUGCGACGCAUCGAGACAGAUUACCUGGUGAACACCAGCAUUGGACUACAGAAAACAUUGCGAGACGCCAUGGUGUGGGUCCCUGUCGUGGAAACUACGUUUGGCUUCUUGCCCAACACGCCGGAGAUCUUACUGCAGAAAGGCCUUAUCGCUGACGUGCCAACCAUCAGGGGCUACAACAAAAACGAGCUGGCUCUCUCCGUCAAAGACCCAGAGGACCAAGGCUACUCCAUCGAAAAGUUCGGAGAGCUGCUCAUCCUCAGCGCGUAUUUCUUCUUCCAGAAGGACAUAGUCGCCACAGUGGCCGAGAUUGAGCUGGUUUACAGACGGAACCAAACGUCAGCUAAGGGGAGGCGAUCUGACUACGAGCGGCUGAUGAGUGACUACUACAUGAUCGCCCCUAUCAGUUACGAAGCGCAGCUGCACAGUAAGCUGCAGAAGAGGUCCAAGUCGUACUUGUACGAGUUUGCUCACCGGCCCACGUUCACCAGCCUGGCGCCCUGGCAGGGUGUGGUGCACACGGAUGAGCUUGCCUUUGUCUUUGGUCUGCCCAGAGGU